UCGAGCCGGGCGGGGCGGCCGGGCCCGGGAGACCCAGGGAGGCGCGGACGCGGCCCGCCGCUCACCUGCAGCCGCCCUGCGCCGCUGCGCUCAACCCGGCCUGCUGUGCCCUACUUUCCGCUCCGGAGCUAGACGUAAACAAUCCCCGCCCUCGCGGCCCGCCCCCUGCGCCGCAUUGGCCCCGCAGCGUGCGCGGCUCGGGGCUACGGCGGAGGGGCGGUCCUCGUGGCACACGCCUCUUGCUGAGAUGCUGCUGGAUCUGUCAAUCCUGACCCGACGUCCCCAUUGGCCACAUCUCAAGCGGUCGGAGACAAGGCCCGCACGCCCAUUGGACGCGGGGCGAGGAAAAGAAGCGGCCUCACGCUGGGGCGUUGACACGGAAGUGGGUCCAGGUCCUGUACGUCGUCUGCGCCGGAACUUUCGUAAACCCCUCGUGCGAUCUGAUUGGCUGAGGGUAGCGCGAGUGGGCCUAUCAAGAGGAGUCGUGGGGGGGUCGCGCUGCCCAUUGGUCCGAAGGCACUUCACUCAGGCAGGGAGGCGGACUGUGCGAGGAGGAAGUGGCUGGAAGCCGUACGACCACCCGGGUGGGAUGGAGGCGGCAGGAGAGCCUGGAAACCUGGCCGGCGUCCGGCACAUCAUCCUCGUUCUUUCGGGAAAGGGGGGUGUUGGGAAAAGCACCAUCUCCACAGAGCUGGCCCUGGCCCUGCGCCACGCGGGCAAGAAGGUGGGUAUCCUCGACGUGGACCUGUGUGGCCCCAGCAUCCCCCGCAUGCUCCAGGUGCAGGGCAAGGCUGUGCAUCAGUGCGACAGUGGCUGGGUGCCUGUCUUCGUGGACCAGGAGCAGAGCAUCUCCCUCAUGUCUGUGGGCUUCCUGCUAGAGAAGCCGGAUGAGGCAGUGGUGUGGAGAGGCCCCAAGAAGAAUGCACUGAUAAAGCAGUUUGUGUCCGAUGUGGCCUGGGGGCAGCUGGACUACCUGGUUGUGGACACGCCCCCAGGGACCUCUGAUGAGCACAUGGCCGUGGUGGACACCCUGCGCCCCUACAGCCCCCUGGGGGCCCUCGUGGUCACCACGCCCCAGGCAGUGUCCGUGGGGGAUGUGAGGCGGGAGCUGACCUUCUGUAAGAAGGUGGGGUUGCGGGUGAUUGGGGUCGUGGAGAACAUGAGCGGCUUCGUCUGCCCACACUGCGCGGAGUGCACCAACGUCUUCUCCAGGGGAGGCGGCGAAGAGCUGGCCAGACACGCUGGAGUCCCCUUCCUGGGCUCUGUGCCCCUGGACCCCGAGCUCACGCGGAGCCUGGAGGAGGGCCGAGACUUCAUCCGGGGGUUCCCCGAGAGCCCCGCGUUUCCUGCGCUCUCUUGCAUAGCCCAGAAGAUUCUGAAUGAGGCGCCUGUUGGACUCUCCUGACCAAGGCAGUUUGAGUGUCUCCUCUGUGUGCUGUGGGGCUCAUGCUCACAGCCUGGAACAGAGGCGGUGGCACAGUUCCUGAAACCCGUGGCCCUGGGUUGCCGUCACCAUGUGCUCCUCUCCCCGUGGGCCUGCCCUGGACGUUUCGGGUGCUUCAGCAGCAUCUCAGCAUCAGAGCCACUGACAGUCAGUGGUUCCGCCUGGUUGGCCUGUGGCAGGGCCCGGGGAUAGCGUGAGGUCGCGAUGCCGUGGCCUGACCUCCCUGGUGGUGCAGCUCAGUACUCACAUGCCCCAGAUAGACGGGCUGCUCCCGACAGCCAAGUCUCCACGUUGUUCACAAAGCUUGUGUGUCUGGGAGCGCGCUGGGCCUAUAAUCCUGGUGAAGUAGGCAGCAGCACCCAGGAAGGUGUCAAACUUGUAAUUCAGAGGAGCCCAAAAUAAACCCGUCCCACCGCCGUGGUUA